AUGGCUGAUCAAUCAAGACACGUCACCCUGAAGCUCCAGGACCACGACCACUCAGCAGCCCCACCAUCCUCCCUUCGCCUGACUGGCAAGUUCUUGACAGCAGGCGCAGCUGGGACAACCCUUUUAGUCCUGUCCGGGUUAACGUUAACUGGGACAGUGAUGGCCCUGAUCAUGGCCACCCCAGUGCUGGUGGUGUUUAGUCCAAUCCUAGUCCCGGCUGGGAUAGUCGUGUUCCUGACAGCAGCCGGCCUUGUUUUCUCUGGCGGGUGCGGCGUGGCGGCAGUAACAACGUUGACAUUGAUGUACAAGUACAUAUCUAGCUACGUGGCUACAAAGAAAAGAGCUUACUUGUAUGGGCAGUACUUCUGCCCUUUUUGA